AAAUAUGACAACAGACGAGAAUGAUUUUACCAAAAAAUAUGUCAUUUAUUUUUCUAUUUUUGAGUCUACUUUAAAAUAUAUUUUUAUAAUGGCAUCGCAUACUUUAAAGAUGUUCAUAACUUUUAUAUUUGUAGCGGCGUGUAUAAAUUUUUCAUUGUAUGGUGCAUAUUGGAAGUACUUUCCUGCAAGAUCACAUGGAUACCAUAUAAAUUCUUAUGAAUGUGAUAAAAUUGAUAAUAAUGAUGAUUCCAAUAAUACAAACAGAGACGAGCCCAAAGUCAACAUAUCAUUGAUAAAAGUGAUUUUAAUUAACGGACCCAAGCAAAAACUAAGGAAGAAAAUCAAGGUCAUUUGGACUCCGGAGUACGCAUGUGGCGAUAAUAAUACAAAUACAAAUGGGGCAGUUACACUACAGAUGGAGAACAACGCGACUGAAAAAGGAAACUCGUUCAAACGUAACGAGGUUAACCAAGUGCUUAGGCAGUGGGUUUGGAACUCGUCUAAACCAGUGCCUAACCGAGGGACUAACCGUAGUCUUCACUGCCCUGAUGAACCACCUUCCUUAGGUCCGUUAAAGCUUAAAAACCAUGUGAACCUCGUUGAUAUGGCAAAAGUGAUAACGCAGCUGGAUUUUGGAGGGUCGUACACGCCUACCGACUGUAAGCCGACGGAGACUGUGGCUGUUAUAGUCCCUUGCAAGUAUCAAGCUACAUCAAGGCUUACCUUUUUCUUAUACAGUGUGCACCUCUCCCUCACGAAACAGAAGUUGGCAUAUCAGAUAUUUAUUGUCAAAGAGAACAACACAGCAAAUGCGUUCAACCCUGGCUUGCUGUUCAACAUUGGCUUCAUUGAGGCCCUGAAGAUGAGAUCAGACGUCACUUGUGUGGUCUUCCACGACCCUGUCCUAUCUCCCACCGACUCGAACAACUUGUACCGGUGCUCGGAACAGCCCAAGCAGCUAGUGUCAUUCGUCGACAGUGAUCCGAAUGAAAUAAAAUUUGGCGGAGUGAUAGCUAUGAGACCUGAAAUCUUUCGGGCAGUCAACGGAUUUUCACAUCAUUACUCAGAUAGCGACGCUGUUUUCGAAGAAAUGUAUCAGAGAUUGAUUGCCGCGAAUUACACGAUUGUCAGGUCUUCUCGAGAAUAUGCCAUAUACUUCAACAAUAUGUUGAUUAACAAGUGGUCCACUGAUCCUAUGACAGCCUUUACAGUACAGCCUCCUUCCAUGGUCUCUUUGGUGUCAAAUAGAGCAAACAUUUCAAAGAAGCCUGCUGAUGGCCUCACCAGCAUAACAAACACGAUCGUGGACUCCAAAUUGAAAUUGAAAGAAUACACUCUCAUAGCUGUGGACAGUACACGUGCACAAAAACCGAUAUUGUGGACUGUUACUAUCAGCACAAAAUUAUCGAAUCCACUGUACGAUGAAUCCACAACGCCAAGCACGACAAAACUUAUGAUUUCAAAUAUGAGUUUACAGCUCCGGACCAGAAUAUUGGGCAUUUAAUUAUUUUAUUUAUUUAUUUUUAAUCAUUAUACAAAG